AUGGUCCUCCUGCCUUCGAUCGUCCCCCGUAUCCAGCAAAAGGUCUUGGAGCACCAGCUCGUGGCCAACAGCCCGAAGCUCACGGCCAUGCUGGGACAUCCCGCCGGUCCCUUUACCGUGCACUUUUGGGCGCCUACCAUCAAGUGGGCCAUCUCCCUCGCCAAUGUCGCAGAUAUGCGGCGCUCGCCCGAAACCAUCUCAGUGGCUCAGCAGACGGCAGUCACGUGCACGGGCGUCAUCUGGUCGCGUUAUAGCACCGUCAUUACGCCCCAAAACUGGAACUUGUUUGCCGUCAACGUCUUUAUGGCUGGGACGGGGCUCGUGCAGUUCUACCGCAAGUUCACGUACGACCCGACGCAGACGGAGAUGAGCUCAGCUGUCGCUAAGACCAGUUGA